AUGAAGCAUUCACUCUAUUCACUGGCCGCCGUGGCCUUGACAUUUUCCACAUCAAUUGUCGCGUCUCCGACGCCUCAACUGGUGGUACCGAGUAUCGAUGAUAGUGUAGCCUGUCUGGCUGUCAAUGUCAUCACCGGAGUUCUCAUUGGAGACCCCUUGGCGAUUGCCUAUUGCGCUGCCGUAGCUCCUCUUCCUUCGGUCAUCAGGUCUAGAACCACCACUAUCGUUAGACCAACCACUGUCACAGUGACGACGACCAACUCCAACGGCGUUCGUCCCACCAUCACAAGCCGCACUACCGUAACUGUCACCAGCAGCUCUUGCACAGCCAUCCCCACGCCGCUCAAGCGACAGUUGCUUCCACCAAUUUACAUCCCGCCCAUCCCUGACUGCGUCACCCAAUUCCCGACUCUUGAUCUCACCAAAGCGUGUAGCUGUAUCGACCUCCCAACUCCCACAGUCACAUCCACCAGGACCGUCGUCGUUUCGCCCACAAUCACCAUAACUAAGACUACAAUCCAACCAGAGUACCAAGGCGUGACCAACGUCAUCGGUGGCAUCAGCUUCCAAGACAGCGCCCCAAAGAGCGUCUACGGGUCUCCUCCCCUCUCAGAGUCUGACUUUGCCCUCAACCAUCGCGGGUACAUCUACGCGCGCCAGACUGGCACCUACACAUUUACCCUCAACCUGGUCGACGAUGCCGCCUACAUCUGGAUCGGCCCCGAGGCAUGCUCUGGCUGGACUGGCGACAAUGCUGAUUUAAAGGCCGUCUAUAACAAUGGGCCUGCAACGGGAACUUUUACUCCGACCUUCAAGAAGGCCAGUACUAUCCUUUCCGUAUCGUCUACGGUCAGGGACCUCGCAUUGCCGAGUUCGACAUCACGGUCAGCGCCGUGA